GGUGGACUUUAGACAGGUGGAGGACCAGGUGGCGCCGGCUUCAGUGAACACUUCUUCCUGGAAGGAACAACUUUAAACAUGGCUAAAUUCUUUACACCAGCUCAAAUCAACGAGUUCAAAGAAUGCUUCUCCUUCUACGACAAAAAGAGAAAUGGAAAAAUUGAUACCAAGGAUCUGAUAACAGUCAUGCGCUGCCUGGGUACGAGUCCAACGUACGGGGAAAUAGAAAGACAUCUGCAGGUUAAUAAAAUCAUGGAUGACCUCUUCAAGGAAGCAAAUGUCAAGCCCAAUGGAAUAAUCAACUAUGAAGAGUUCACCCGAAUGGUUACGCUGCCACCAGUCGACUACUGAACACCAUCUUCAAACUUCACUUCAACAACUGGUGGAAAACUGACCUCGAUGAAAGUGAUGGUUACAACUUGAAGAAAUGAAGAGACGCUGUUAAAUCAACUGAGAAGGGCUAUUUGAUACUGUAGAAAUUGAAAAUUACAAAUGAAACGGAAGUGUCAUGGAUGUUACGGUUGGUGAAUGCCACAGUGUACCAGGGAAACU